GAAAUACAAGCCAAUCGAUAUAUCAAGCAGAGAACAAUAGUGUGAACCAGUGAUCCUAGAGAGAACUAGUGCAACCAGUCAAGAUUUAUAAUUGAGUUCUAGAAAAGCAAAGUGCACAGAGUAGGUGUAUUUUUGUUUUUUGUUUUUUUUUAGGAUAAUGUGGGGUUGGCAUUUUAGGGGUUAGUUAGGUGUUUGUGGAAGAGGUGGGUCUUUAGCUGUUUUUUGAAGUUAGUGACAGGUUCUGCGGUCCGGAUUGGGGUUGGAGGUUGGAAGUUGAACCACUGAGGGACAGUUAGUGUGAAGGUUCUCAUUGUUCAUGCACUAACCGAACUAUCAUUGAAUCAGUGUUGAAAUGUGAAAUUUAACAUUGAUUUUUAAUCAGGUUUGCACCCUGAAAUAAUGUCAUUUCAGUGACGAUAGGCCAAGAUGGAAAUAAAUUCAAUAUUUGUUCAAGUGGAGGGAAGGGUCAUGAUGUCACAAAAUGAGCAGGAUUCAUCCUCUGAGGAGCAUGAAUAUGCCCACUAAAUUUCACAGAAAUGCACCCAACUGAUUUGCGUUGUGUUGAAUGAGGGAACGGACAAGUUGACAUUAAAUCUAAGCCCCACCAGUGGGGAAAUGAAGCUGACCAAAAAAUCAACAUUGAUUCACUGUUUGUCUUUUCAACACUGAAAAGCAAUGAAUUAUCAAAAUUGAUUCAAUAUUAUUCAGCAUUGAAUAUUCAACCUCAACUAAAAUGAUGAUUCUGAUGGAAUGUCCAUAUGGAAAAUGGAUGGAUGGAAAAUGGAUUGAAAAUGGAUGGACGGAUGGAAAUUGUACCUGAGACGACUGAUGGGUUUUUUUUAAGCAAAGAUUGUGCCUAAUCCUUUUUUUUUUUUUUUUUUUACAUAGUACUGUAUAUAAUCAAAACCUUGAGGAAGCAAGAAAGCUUAGAAAACGUGGACAUUCAAAAGGUGCCAAUAAAUCUGAAAUUCAUCCUUCACUGUAUCCAUGUUUCCAGGAGAAAUAUAUUAAACGCAGGCUUCCAAAGACACCGCAAGGAAAGGUACAGUUUAGCCCACUUCCUUUCCUCUCUGAGUGCAUUGUCGGGAAUAAAACAAUGGCGCCUACACCCUACAUAGUGCACUACUUAUCUAAAAAUCGUUUGGAACUCUGUCUCUCCCGCAGAAGGUCAUAUUUCCCGCGUCUCAUUAGUAUCACGUGACCAGCGCGUCACGCAGAGGGAUCAGCACCUCGGACAGCGGCGCCUGUCAAAAAAAAAAAAAAAAAAAACCCCGCACCGAAAUCAGUGCAAUUCCGCUUUAAGCUCUCCUCCUCCGAGUGGACCCGAAACUAAAAUGUGUGUAAAUGAGUAUAUGUGAUCUGUUCUGCUGCCAGCACGCCGUGUACCCGAGGACUGCUCUGAGUCAUUUUGGCAAGACGUCCAUUUUCAAGGAGGGGGGAAAAAGGGAGCAGUGAAAGGCUGCCAUGAUUUUAUUCCCAGCGACUUCGGACGCGUAAAAGCUCCCAUCACCGCGUGGAGGAGGAAACACCGCGAUUCAGCAGACAGUGCGGGUUUUAUGGGGUUCUUUCCCCCGUCUUUAAAUUUUUUUUUGUUUUUUGUUUUUUGCAUCCCUCUUUCUUUGAACGACGCACGAGCUCGACGGGCCGCUUUAAGGGCGGGAUGGUGAUGGACAACAAAACAGGGACGAGUUGCUGGGAUUUUUUGUAACGUGCUUGGGGCCUUGCGACGUUUUUUUUUUGGUUUGUUUGGGUUUUUUUUUUUAAUCUUGUUUUAGUUUUUGUUGUUAUUGUUGUUGUUUUUUGUUUUUUUUUAAUAAACAUGCCAGCUCGAGGCAUCCUGAGUCCGGGGCUGGUCGGAUGGGAGGUGGCGUCAAAACAUGUCCACACACAUCGAUGAGAAAAUGGCCAGGAAUCAAGCAGAAGGAUUCGUCAUGAUCAAAUAACGGCGAUGAACCAUAAAAAGAGACGUGUAUGACACUCAUCAUCCUGGGGUUUUUUAUUUAGCACUGUUCUGAGUAAUGACAUGAAUGUGGGACCCCGACAUGACUGUUUGAAAAUCUGUUUUGCAUUUGUUUACCUUUUCCUUCAUUUUUUGAUAGCUGGAUAUCACCCACCUCCCAAUUUUUUAAAAUCCGGACCAAUGCACUGAUUUUUUUUUGGUGUUGUUGUUGCUCCAAUAAGACGGGACAGAGGUUUGAAGAGACUCUCGGGUCGCUGUUGUGGUUUGAGGCGGCGACGCGCCUGCUGUUAUUUAAACAUAAACAUUUUAAAGAGCGCGUCGGUCUCUCCGGGCCGGAAGAGCUCUCAUCCGCACUAACAUGCCAUCAGACAGCAAAUAAAAAGCAUUGUAGUCUAUCUCGGGCCGUUUCUGGAUGACUGCUGUGAUACUACAACCUUAUAGUUUAUUCCCUGAGUAACAAGUAACGAUAACAGGCCUGCGGGUCUUCUAGAUAUCACAAGUAUCACCAAUAAUAAUAAUAAUAAUAAUAAUAAUAAUAAAUGCCAAUACAAUAAUCCGCGCGUUCCUUUUCACUUCUGGCGCACACCACACGCAUGUAGUGAAAGAUGUUCAAGAACCGGAUCCGCAUGUUUUUCAACGAGCUGAAGCUCCUGGUGUUCAUGCGGUCCGGUCCUCGGCAGCCCAGCGUGGACGCAGGCACGAGCAUGCGGGGCCUGGGUGCUAUGGGCGGCUGCGGAUGGCGUGCGUUCUCCCGCUGCACCGGCGACCACGACCACGACGCUGAGGAGUACUACGGCAGCGAUGCGGGCGCGAGGCGGAGCGCGGCGGCGGCGGGACUCGACGAGCGGGACGCACGGAUGAACGCGGACGCCGUGUCCCUGAGCAGCGGGACCCGCACGCCCCAGUGCCGCAUCUGCUUCCAAGGACCUGAGCAGGGAGAGCUGUUGAGUCCGUGCCGGUGUGACGGCUCAGUGCGCUGCACCCAUCAGCCGUGUCUUAUCCGCUGGAUCAGCGAGAGAGGCUCCUGGAGCUGCGAGCUCUGCUACUUCAAAUACCAAGUGUUGGCCAUCAGCACCAAAAAUCCCUUACAGUGGCAGGCCAUCUCUCUGACUGUGAUCGAGAAGGUGCAGAUCGCCGCCAUCAUCCUCGGCUCGCUCUUCCUCAUCGCCAGCAUCUCGUGGCUGGUGUGGUCUUCGCUCAGCCCCUCGGCCAAGUGGCAGCGGCAGGACCUGCUCUUCCAGAUCUGCUACGGCAUGUACGGCUUCAUGGACAUCGUGUGCAUAGGCCUCAUCAUCCAUGAGGGUUCAUCGGUCUACCGGAUCUUUAAGCGCUGGCAAGCAGUCAAUCAACAGUGGAAAGUAUUGAACUAUGAAAAGGCCAAGGACAUGGGGGAGCCGAUUGGUUCGAGCAGUAAGGCGACGGCACGUGGCUCGCGCUCCAAUCCUCACAGCCUGGGCCGUGGCAGCAGGAGGAAUCAGCGCAUUCGGAGGCUCAGGACUAUCCUCAACCACCACUGCGGCUACACCGUCCUGCACAUCCUGAGUCAGAUCAGGCCCAGCGAAGCCCGCCUCGCCUCCAACUCCAACCGCGAGGUGGUCAUGAGGGUCACGACUGUAUGA